AUGGCGGAUGUCGCAUCCGGCCCCGAGCCGACCCAAUCUGAGAUGCCCGAGAAACCCGUGGAGACCCCAGAUGUAUCUCCUACAGCUCUAGAUUCUGAGCCAAAACUGCCCGAGCAGACCGACCCGUUGGACACCCCUACCGAAGAGAACGAGGAAAUGCCAGAAGAACAGGAUGAAGAGAAACCAGAGGUGCCACCCAAGGAUGAGUCUGAACAGACCGACCAGGAACCCAAAACAGACAGCCCGCCUGAAAUUCAGGAACCAACCCCGGAAGACGACAAUGUCGCGGAAAGUCGGUUGCGAUCGGACUCUCGGUCCACGACGGCUACCUUCAUGACGCAACGGUCAGGUGCAGUCAGUUCUACUGUGUUCAUUGUGACGGCCCUGGACAAUAUUGCUGCCUCGCGGGACGCCCGGAGGGACAAGAAAUUGGAGGAAGCCACACAGGUCGCUUUGACCAACAUCAAACAGACCGAUGGACAGCCAAUUGAUCCGGAGCUCAUUUUCCGCCCUCUUCACUUGGCAAGCAAGUCCCUGAGCAUUCCCUUGCAGGUCACCGCGUUGGACUGUAUAGGAAAGCUGAUCACAUACUCCUAUUUCGCAUUCCCCUCCGCCGAGACAGAGAACGAAACCACUCCCGGCCAACCACCGUUGAUUGAACGCGCUAUUGAUGCGAUUUGCGACUGUUUCGAAAAUGAAGCAACCGCGGUUGAGAUUCAGCAGCAAAUCAUCAAAUCGCUACUGGCGGCAGUCUUGAACGACAAGAUUGUGGUCCAUGGAGCUGGUCUCCUGAAAGCCGUCCGCCAGAUUUACAACAUUUUCAUCUACUCAAAAUCCAGCCAAAACCAGCAAAUCGCCCAGGGAUCGCUCACACAAAUGGUCAGCACGGUCUUUGACCGCGUGCGCGUACGACUGGACCUUAAAGAACUCCGAACCCGCGAGGUAGAGAAGCCAUCUUCAACCCUUGAUGCCUCGGCCAGUGAUGUGGGUCAGACAUCGGAGGCGGCUUCAGUGUCUGUGGCAGACCAACCCGUCACCAAGGAACCCACUGCCGAAAAGCUCACCCUGCAGAGCUUCGAAUCACCCAAAGAAGUGACCACUGUCAACGAUAAUGCGCCCACAACAGUCACCCGUGCUAAGCGAUCAACCACGCGGUCAAUGUCCGGCAUCCCUGAAGAGAAGGAUGAUGACAGCUCGGCCGAGGACGAAGUAGAUGAGAUCUAUGUCAAAGACGCCUUCCUUGUUUUCCGGGCUCUGUGCAAGCUGAGCCACAAGGUUUUAUCCCAUGAGCAGCAACAAGAUGUGAAAUCUCAGAACAUGAGAUCCAAGCUUCUUUCGCUGCACCUCAUCCACUACCUCAUCAACAACCACACCGCAACAUUCACUUCUCCUCUUGCUGCGAUCAAGAACAGCUCCUCCAGCACGGAUGGAAUGACACUACUUCUGGCCGUGCGACCUCAUCUGUGCCUCAGUUUGAGUCGCAAUGGCGCCAGCGCUGUGCCUCAUGUGUUCAAAGUUUGCUGCGAGAUCUUCUGGCUGAUGCUGAAGGACAUGAGAGUCAUGAUGAAAAAGGAAUUGGAGGUAUUCCUGAAAGAAAUCUACCUGGCCAUUCUUGAGAAACGAGCUGCCCCUGCGUUCCAAAAGCAAUACUUCAUGGAAGUACUAGAGAGGCUAGGUGGGGAUCCACGGGCUUUGGUUGAAAUUUAUCUCAACUAUGAUUGUGACCGGACUGCUUUGGAGAAUAUCUUCCAGAAUAUCAUUGAACAACUCUCCCGGUAUGCAAGCGUGCCUGUUGUCACGUCAGCUUCUCAGCAACAGCAGUACCAAGAGCAGCAUGUUAAAAUGACAAGUAUUGGCUCUGACUGGCAUCACCGAGGCACUCUUCCCCUUUCCUUGACAAGUGCACACAUCGUGCCUACUCCUCCAUCUCCGAUGCCUCAUAUCCCUCCGGAGUACGGUUUGAAGCAACAGGCUAUUGAGUGCCUUGUUGAGAUGCUACGAUCGCUAGACAAUUGGGCUGCCCAGCGACUGGACGAGCAACCCGAGGCGGCUAUUCCCUCUAGGUCGAUUGACAACUCCCGCGAGUCAUUGGACACAAGCAUCCUUAUUUCACCACGCCCUGAAACUCAUGAAGGCGGAACUGGACGGUCCACGCCUCUGCCUGAGGAUGACCCGAACCAGAUUGAAAAGGUCAAGCAGCGCAAGAUUGCUCUCACGAAUGCUAUUCAACAAUUCAAUUUCAAGCCGAAGCGCGGAAUCAAAGCCUUCCUCCAAGAAGGUUUCAUCCGUUCGGAGUCGCCUGAAGAUAUUGCUGGCUUCAUGCUCCGCAAUGAUCGUAUCGACAAGGCCAUGUUGGGAGAGUAUUUAGGCGAAGGAGAGCCAGAAAACAUUGCCAUUAUGCAUGCAUUUGUUGACCUGAUGGAGUUUACGAAGCGCCGUUUCGUCGACUCCCUGCGCUCCUUCUUGCAGCAUUUCCGCCUGCCUGGUGAAGCCCAAAAAAUUGAUCGGUUUAUGCUGAAGUUUGCCGAGCGCUACACCACUCAAAACCCCAAUGCGUUCGCCAAUGCUGACACCGCCUACGUUCUGGCAUACUCCGUAAUUCUGCUCAAUACUGAUCAGCACAGUUCAAAGAUGAAGGGCCGUCGUAUGACAAAGGAGGACUUUAUCAAGAACAACCGUGGUAUCAACGACAACCAGGACUUGCCUGCCGACUAUCUCGGCGCUAUCUAUGAAGAGAUUGGAAGCAACGAAAUUGUCCUUGACACGGAGCAGGAGCAUGCUGCCAACCUCAGUGCACAGCCUGCCGCUCCUACUGGCCUUGCCACAAGAGCUGGACAGGUGUUUGCUACUGUUGGACGGGACAUCCAAGGCGAAAAGUACUCUCAGGCUUCGGAAGAGAUGGCCAACAAGACGGAACAGCUUUACCGCUCCCUUAUUCGAGCCCAGCGCAAGACAGCUGUCAAAGAUGCGCUCUCGCGCUUCAUUCCUGCAACCUCAGAGCGCCACGUUGGGUCAAUGUUCAACGUCACCUGGAUGUCUUUCCUGUCUGGAUUGUCUGCACCAAUGCAGGACACUCAAAACAUCAAAACCAUCCGACUCUGUAUGGAGGGACUCAAGCUGUCUAUUCGGAUCAGCUGCGCCUUCGAUCUGGAGACUCCUCGUGUUGCAUUCGUGACUGCAUUGGCAAAGUUCACCAACCUUGGUAACGUAAGGGAGAUGAUGCCGAAGAACUUCGAGGCUCUGAAGGCCUUGCUCGACGUCGCUCUUACCGAGGGCAACCACCUUCAGGGCUCAUGGCGGGAUGUCCUGACUUGUGUCAGUCAGCUUGACCGUCUUCAGCUUCUGAGCGAUGGUGUUGAUGAGGGAUCGUUGCCUGAUGUUUCACGAGUACCUUCAUCGGCGGACGUUUCUCGCAGAUCGAUGCAAAGUACCAGGCGUGCUCGCCCGCGCUCUAUCAACGGGCCGGCUGCUUUCCGUCCAGAGAUCGCCAUGGAAAGUCGUUCAGCAGAUAUGAUCCGUGGGGUGGACCGUAUUUUCACCAACACCGCCAAUCUUUCACACGAGGCCAUCAUUGAGUUCGUUAGGGCGUUGAGUGAAGUCAGCUGGCAAGAGAUCCAAUCUUCCGGUCACACUGAUUCGCCUCGAACCUAUAGUUUGCAGAAGCUGGUUGAAAUCAGUUACUACAACAUGACUCGUGUCAGGAUCGAGUGGUCCAAGAUCUGGGAGGUGCUGGGUCAACACUUCAACCAAGUCGGUUGUCACUCAAAUACCACUGUUGUCUUCUUUGCAUUGGACUCCCUCCGACAACUUUCCAUGCGUUUCAUGGAGAUUGAGGAGUUGCCUGGUUUCAAGUUCCAGAAGGACUUCCUCAAGCCCUUUGAGCAUGUGAUGGCAAAUAGCACUACUGCUGCUGUCAAGGACAUGAUUCUGCGGUGUCUGAUUCAGAUGAUCCAGGCUCGUGGAGACAACAUUCGUUCUGGCUGGAAGACCAUGUUUGGUGUUUUUACCGUGGCCGCUCGGGAACCCUAUGAGGGAAUUGUCAACAUGGCCUUUGAUCAUGUCACUCAGGUCUACAACACACGAUUUGGAGUUGUGAUCACUCAAGGCGCCUUUGCAGACCUCAUUGUUUGUCUCACUGAAUUCUCGAAGAACUCCAAGUUCCAGAAGAAAUCCUUGCAGGCAAUUGAGACAUUGAAGUCAACCGUCACCAAGAUGUUGCGAACCCCCGAAUGCCCCUUGUCCCACCGUGAUGCCGCAUCUGCGGCCACUUUCCAGGACAAUGGCACCAACCUUGCCAAGCAACUUACUCGUCAAUCUCAAGAGGAGCAGUUCUGGUACCCUAUCCUGAUUGCAUUCCAGGAUGUGCUUAUGACGGGUGAUGACCUCGAGGUCCGCUCCCGAGCACUCACAUACCUCUUCGAUACCUUGAUCCGACAUGGUGGUAACUUCCCAAGGGACUUCUGGGAUGUUCUCUGGAGACAGUUGCUUUGCCCAAUCUUUGUGGUCUUGCAGUCCAAGUCCGAAAUGUCCAAGGUUCCAAACCACGAGGAUCUUUCGGUGUGGCUCUCCACUACAAUGAUUCAGGCGCUGCGAAACAUGAUCACCCUCUUCACUCAUUAUUUUGAUGCGUUGGAAUACAUGCUGAGUCGCUUCUUGGAACUUUUGACCCUCUGCAUUUGUCAAGAAAACGACACGAUUGCACGCAUUGGCAGUAACUGCCUUCAACAGUUGAUUCUGCAGAAUGUCGCCAAAUUCCAGCAGGAGCACUGGUCCCAGAUUGUUGGAGCUUUCGUUGAGCUUUUCAGCAAAACGACUGCAUAUGAACUGUUCACUGCUGCAGUCUCCAUGUCAAAGCCGGCGGAUGCUGUGAAUGGGGAUGCGGUCCACACACCCGAUGCUGCCUCUGCGGCUGCAGCCACAGGCGAGGAUAUGCCUGAAGCACUGCAGGCUAAUGGAUCGCAAAGUACAAGCUCUCUUCAAGAAAACGGAGAUCCCCCUGUACAGAGUGAGGCCCGUGCCGAAUUGGAGGAUUACCGACCUCAAUCAGACCAGCAACAGCCUGCAGCUGUCACUGCUGCACGACGCCGGUACUUCAACCGCAUCAUCACCAACUGUGUUCUGCAGUUGCUCAUGAUUGAAACGGUUCAUGAAUUGUUCUCGAACGAGAAUGUUUAUGCAAAGAUCCCCAGUGGAGAGCUUCUCCGACUCAUGGGCCUGCUGAAGAAGAGUUAUCAGUUUGCUAAGAAAUUCAACGAGGACAAGGACUUGCGGAUGCAGCUUUGGCGCCAGGGCUUCAUGAAGCAACCCCCCAACUUGUUGAAGCAGGAGAGCGGUAGUGCCUCCACUUACGUGCAUAUUCUCUUCCGCAUGUACCACGACGAGCGAGAGGAGAGACAGAGCAGUCGCCCCGAAACCGAGGCUGCACUCAUUCCUCUUUGUGCAGAUAUCAUUCGCAGCUUCGUUCGUUUGGAAGAAGACACCCAACACCGCAACAUCGUCGCCUGGCGUCCUGUGGUGGUGGAUGUUAUUGACGGAUACACCAACUUCCCGCAAGUGGACUUUGACAAACACAUUGAGACCUUCUACCCACUCGGAGUUGAGUUGUUGAGCCGUGACCUCAACCCGGAGAUCCGCGUCGCUCUCCAGUCCCUCCUGCGCCGCAUCGGCGAGGUCCGACUAGGCGUUGCUCCGCCAAAUCCCUUGGAUGCCCCGAUCAGCCCGCGGAGCUCCGUUUCCCAGAAGGCGUCGCGUCGUGACAGCCAGGCCUGA